AGUUUUAUUUGCUAUGAAUGUCAGCGGAGCAUCACCCUUGGCAAACGUCUCGAUGACUGACCUAAGCUCCCAUAUCGAGACGUCCAGAGUUCUAGCGGGGAAGGUUUGGGAUGCCUAUGUGGCGCCAUCACACUACAGGCUUCUGCAGACUGCAGGGUACCCAUCACCAGUACCCGAGAUAGUGACCUUACUCGUCAUUCUUGCCACUUUCAUCCUCACCCGAAGGCUCUUUGGGAGGAGUCGUGGGCCAAAGGGCCGCGAGGGGGACUGCUUGAUGAGGUAUGUUCAGUCGAGGAAGGCCCUACAGCUGACCCAACCUACUCCUCAAGGGAAAGGGGCACCCGGAGGGGCCGGAGCUGAGCAAAUUCAGAGUAUAAUGCAACAAGUGAACUACCUAGUGCAAAUGGCCAGCCACGGAAAUGACGUUCUCCAGAGCUUGAUAGCGGACACGCAAAAUCAAUUCAAUUCUCUGGAGUCUGGUGUGUCGCAGUUGAAGGCAGAGCGGGAUGAGGCUGAUUAUGAGCUUUUGACUUCUAGUCAACAGAUGAUCGAGCACUUAGCGGCUAAGAAGUUGCCCCAUCUGGACGAGGAGACCCGGGCCAGACUGCCUCCACUGAACGAUGAAUCCCUUGAGGACUUCAGUAGGAGGAGCAUUGGGGGUCCUCCCUCUCCCUUUAUUAAGUUGCAAGAGGCCCCGACAGCCUCUGCUGAUCUCACGGUUUCUGAUAAUGAUGGAGAUGUAGCUGAUGUGAGCUCUUCAGAAUACGCGGGUGAACCUCGGGAGAGCGCGGGGAGUGUGGCCGCUGCCACAGCGGGCUCCACGACGGUCAUGAGCGAUCAGUCUUCAUACGCUCCCCCCAAGGAAGAGUUCCCACCGAACACCGUCACUGCGCCACAAAAUUCCCCACCUGCUGCUGAGCAGGACUUGUCACGCGUGCCGCUGGGGUACAGUACGGAUUCCGGGAUGGCGAGCUCCAAUGAGGCGAGCGACCCCCAAAGGUCAACGAGGGCAAACACCAAUAAGACUAUGGCGCAUUCACAAGUUGUCGGUUCUCCGAUUCCUUCCCCGGUAUCAUCACAAGUUCAUACUGCUGACAGCUACGACAAGCUCACUGCUUCGACAGAGAUGCACACGGCAGAGGGCGGUCUUGAAGCAUCGUCUGCAGAAGGAAGGGAGGUCGUUAAUGAUACUGGGCCAGUCGUUCCACCUCGGCCAACGGCGCGAUCUAGUGAUAUGUCUUCUAUCGCAUCUCCCCGACCAGACCAAACUGCACACCCGGCGUUUGGGCAUCCUGGGAGGGCUAGAAGGGCUCUGCCUCCUCGCAUACAGAAGAGGGCUAAGCCUAAGCAGAUUCUGGGGACGACUGAUCCCUUUGCUACUCCAAUGCAUCACGCUGGAGUCACCUCGCCCUCUGCUGCCUCCAGUGCUCGCCAGGCGCCUGUCACUGGAGCCGGCCUUACAACCGGUGCUGGAGCCCAUACCUACCUCACUGGCUUCCCAACACAGUGAGGAGUAUGCGCUCAAGUCCAC